AUGUAUAUCAAGCGAGUGGUAAUAAAAGGUUUUAAAACCUAUAGAAAUGAAACGGUUAUUGACGAUUUUUCCCCACAUCAUAACAUUAUAAUUGGUUCCAAUGGUUCUGGAAAAUCAAAUUUGUUUGCUGCUAUUCGAUUUGUAUUGAGUGAAGAAUAUUCUGUUUUAAAAAGGGAAGAUAGGCAAGGGCUGAUUCAUCAAGGUGCAGGGUCAGUUAUGUCUGCCUCCGUGGAAUUAGUGUUUCAUGAUCCAGAUCAUCGAAUGAUAUUAUCUUCUGGGAUUAUUCAAAGACCUAAUGAUGAAGUGUUUAUUAGAAGAACAGUAGGGUUGAAAAAGGAUGAUUAUCAAAUUAAUGACAGGAAUGUCACAAAAAAUGAUAUUGUAAGAAUAUUAGAAACAGCAGGGUUUUCAAUGUCAAGUCCCUACAAUAUUGUUCCACAGGGUAAAAUUGUGGCUUUAACUAAUGCUAAGGAUAAAACGCGGCUACAAUUAUUAGAAGAUGUAGUAGGUGCGAAAUCCUUUGAAAUUAAGUUGAAUGCCUCAUUAAAGAACAUGAGAGAGACUGAAUUUAAAAGGAAACAGAUAAUGAAAGAAUUGAAAGAAUUAAAUGAUAAAUUAAAAGAAAUGGAAAUUGAAAAGGAUGAGUUAGAAAAAUAUAAUGAUUUAGAGAGUAAACGUAAAGUUUUCUUAUUUACACUAUAUGAUAGGGAGCUGAAUGACAUUUUGAAUCGAAUUGAAAACAUCGAUGAUGAUUAUAAUAAUACACUAAAUAACUCUGAGCAAUAUAUCGAAGAAUUGGAUAAAAGGGAAGAAUUAAUAGCCAAUGUUACUAACUUGUUACAUGAAAUUGAGAAUGAUUUGAAAUUAAAAAAAAGUACAGACUUACAUCAAGCAAAGAAUAAAUGUAAUGAUAUUGUUGAUAAAUUGACUUCAUUAAACCUUAAAAUUGCUGAUACUCAAGAUCAAAUAAAGUCAGAAGAGAAACAGAGUGCUAUAGAUAAUAAAAACUUGGAUCUUAUUAAUAAAGAAAUUGAUGAUCGUUAUCUCAAAUUGAAUAAAAUCAGACCUAGGUUUGAAGAAUUGACUAAAGAAGAAAUAAACUUAAGAUUAAAAUUAACUCAAUUACAACAAGUUGAAAGGGACUUAUUGUUAAAAAAAAGUAAGUACAGUAGGUUUAACACAAUAGACGAAAGAAACAAUUGGAUUCAAAAUGAGAUUGAUGAGCAAUCUUUUAUUUUAAAAGACUUAAACCAAAAGCUGGAUGAACUGCAAAAAGAAAAAGCUAGGACAGAAUCUGACUUGUCUAAUUUAAAUAAAGAAAUUGAAGAAUUAAACGAUUCUAUUGAAGGUCCGGGUGUAACGUCAGAAUUGGAAGAUAUUAAUUCAAAAUUGUCUGAUUUAAAAACUGCAUAUGCUGAAAAUAUUGAUAUUCGUAAAGAAUAUUGGAGAAAAGAGCAAAAACUUCAGGGAAUAUUAGAUACUUUAAUUGCUGAUUUAAAAGAUUCUGAAAGAACAGUUAAUGAAACUAUGAGUAAAUCAGUAGCUAACGGAAUCACAAAUUGUAGAGAAAUUACUGAAAAAUUGAAACUUUCACCAGAUUCAGUGUUUGGAACGCUUGGUGAAUUAAUCAAAGUUAAUGAUAAAUAUAAAACAUGUGUAGAAGUUGUUGGUGGAAAUUCUUUGUUUCACAUUAUAGUAGAUACAGAUGAAACUGCAUCCAUUCUGAUGAGAGAAUUGCAUAAUAUGAAGGGUGGGAGAGUUACUUUUGUUCCAUUGAACAGAAUUCAAGAAGAUAAAUCAGUCACAUUUCCUCCAUAUGAUCAAUCAUCAUUUUUUACACCGUUAAUCAAAAAAAUUAAAUACGAUCCUAAAUUCGAAAAAGCAGUUAAACAUGUAUUUGGUAAAAGUAUUGUUGUGAAGGAUUUAUCAACUGGUUUAAACUUAGCUAAAAAAUAUAGAUUAAAUGCAAUUACAUUAGAUGGUGAUACAGCCAAUCAAAGAGGUGUUUUGACCGGUGGUUACCGUGAUAAGUAUAAAAAAACAAGAAUAGAUGCAUUAAAAUAUUUGUCAAAAUCAAGAGAUGAACAUGAAAAGAUAAGAAAAGAAUUAGAAGAUAUGAAAAGCCAUUUACAUGAUAUCGAUUCAUUGAUUGAUAAAAUGAAUGGAGAAAUGAGAAUACUUUCUAAUAGGCGCGAGACUAUAUUAACCAAUAUUGAGAGUUUUAGAACCAAAUUGAAUGGUAAAAAAGGUCAAUAUAGAAUCAUGGAAGAAUCACUUGAUGCAUUAGUAAUAAAAAAGGAAAAAAUAAAUACUAAUAUGAAGAUUAUUAAUGUUAAGAUAGAAACUCUUACUAAGGAUCUUGACAAGGAUUUUAGUAAUGAUUUAUCUGAAAAAGAAAAACAACAGUUAGAGAAUAUAGGUGCUGAUAUUCAAAAUACUAAUAAUAGUAUUAAUUUAACUGUAGAUUCUUUGGAAAGUAUAACAUCUACUAUUAAUAAAUUAAAUGCAGAAUUGGAUUUGAACUUUCUUCCACAACAAGAAGAAUUAAAAAAGAAAAUUUCUAAAUCCGGUGAUUCUCUUGUUACGUCUCUUGAAAGUGACUUACAACUACUAAAGGGAGAAAAGGAAAGACUUUCAGAGCAAGAAAAAAACGCUAUUGAAGAAGUUAGUGAAGUUGAAAAGGAAAUAAAUCGUUUGAUAAGUGAAAAGAACAAUAAUUCUAAAUUAUUAGAAAAGACUAAUUCUCAGCAGCACUUAUUAGUUAAAAAGAUAGAGAAAUUUCAAAAGAAUACUGAAAAGAAUAUGAUACUGAAAACAAUGUUGUUGUCCAGACGUGAUGAGUUACAACAAAAAAUUAGGGAAAUAGGUUUCUUAGCAGAAGAUCUUUUAGCUAAAUAUUCUAAUUUAUCCAGUGAGGAUCUUCUUCUAGAAUUAAAUCAAGUAAACCAAAGUAUUUCAAGUAUGACCAAUAUCAACAAAAGAGCACUAGAAAACUUUAAUAAAUUCGAUGAGAAGCGAAAUGAACUUACAGAAAGAGCUCAUGAAUUAGAUGAAUCAAAAUUUUCUAUUCAGGAACUAAUUGAAAAACUAAAAGCUCAAAAAUUGGAUGCUGUGGAAAAAACUUUUCAAAAGGUUUCUGAAAAUUUUGUCGCUGUAUUUGAAAAGUUGGUCCCAAGAGGUACAGCAAAAUUAAUAAUACAUAGGAAUAAGAAUUUAUCUCAAAUCAAUGAAACAGACGAUAUUGAAUCUGUUUAUUCAGGUGUUUCUAUUCAAGUUUCUUUCAAUUCAAAAAAUGAUGAACAAGUUCAUGUUAGUCAAUUAUCUGGUGGUCAAAAGACAGUUUGUGCAAUUGCUUUGAUUCUUGCCAUUCAAAUGGUGGAUCCGGCACCUUUUUAUUUGUUUGAUGAAAUUGAUGCAGCUCUAGACAAACAAUUUAGAACUGCAGUAGCAAAUACGAUCAAAGAAUUGUCUAAAAAUGUUCAAUUCAUUUGUACAACUUUUAGAACAGAAAUGUUGCAGGUAGCAGAUCGUUUCUAUAAAGUUAAAUACGAAAAUAAGAUUUCAACAGUUGUUGAAAUCGAUAAACAAGAUGCCAUAAACUUUGUAAAGGGGAAUAAUAAAUUGGCUGAAAUAUGA